AAGAAAGAACAGCAUCAUGGUCAACAUUCAAAGUUCAUAACUUCAACCUCUGAAACCAAUUCUUCUUUGUCUUCUCUUCUCUUUCUCUUCUCUUUCAUUGAGAAGAAAAUGAACAAUCCCAACACCGACAGCUUCUCUCUGUUGGGUGUUUUUCAUUCUCCCCACUUCUCUGAACUUCUCAGGGAUUUCGCCACGCGAGAACUCAACGCGUUUUUAUGGCUAUCUCUUGUGGUUGUCACCACCCUUUUGCUCAGAAGACUCUUUAGCCUAUUUGGGAUAUGGCGCAGGGCUAGAACCAUUCCCGGGCCUCCCUCUUCCUCUUUUUUUGGCGGCUGCAAGCUCUUUUCCCGGCCAAAUUUCACCUUCACUGACGUGCUGUCAGAAUGUCAUAAAAAUUAUGGACCUAUUGUUAAACUGUGGUUAGGUCCUACUCAGCUUUUGGUGUCAGUAAGGGAUCCAAUCUUAAUCCAAGACAUGCUUAUAAAAGCCGAGGAUAAGUUGCCUUACACGGGAAAACUGUUUCAUCUGGCCUUUGGGCAAUCAAGCCUCUUUGCCCCUUCAUUUGAAAAGGUGCAAAAGAGAAGGGAAUUAUUGGCAACAGAGUUAAACGAAAGAUUGCUGAAGAAUGGUGAUAUGAUUCCUGUGAAAGUUGCAGACUUUAUCACAGAUAAAAUAGAAAACAUUAAAAAGAAAGGAGGUAUUGAUUCCAGGUUGGUUUCUCAACAUAUCGCUUUCACUAUAAUGGGAGUCACAUUCUUUGGAGAUGGCUUCUUGGCCUCGCCGAAGGCUGCAAUGUAUGAGGAACUGUUCAUGACCAUUGCUAAAGAUGCUUGCUUUUGGGCCUCCUAUAAUGUUACUCCUUUCUGGAGACGUGGAUUUUGGAAGUACCAAUGCUUAUGUACAAAGUUGAAAUGCUUAACUCAAGACAUCCUUCAACAUUGCAGAAAAGGCUGUAAACUAUCUAGCCAUACUAAGCAUGAUGUACAUAAUGAAAGUUCCAAUAAAGAAAUGAAGUCAGCAGAUGGUGCAAAAUGCUGUUCUGAUGAUGAGUUCCAAGAUUACUAUUUCUUUCGAGAUCUUAAGGAUCAUCGAGAUGGUAAAGAAGAAUCUUGUGGGAAUGUAAUGCGCAUGAUAUUUCACGGAUGUCAAACUACCUCUGUUCUAAUCACGGAUGUAUUGACUAGGCUUGUCAUGCAUGGGGAAAUACAGGAUAAGGUUUAUUCGGAGAUUAGAAUGGUAGGAAGAAACCCAUCGAAAUGUGAGCAUGAAGAUGUUUAUCGGAUGCCGUUAUUAUUGGCUACAAUUUAUGAAUCUGCACGCCUUCUUCCCACUGGUUCCAUGCUGCAGAGAUGUUCUUUGAAACAUGACUUGAGCUUUGCAUCUGGUGUAACCAUUCCUGCUGGAGCUGUAUUGGUUGUACCAGUUGAAUUGGUACAGAAGGAUGAAUUCAAUUGGGGGAGUGAUGCAAGUCAUUUCAAUCCUUACAGAUUUCUCUCAACUGUUACAAAUAGAUCAGGUUCUGCUGAAGACCUUUCUAGUACAGGAUUCAGUUCAUUUGUACUAAAUGAUCCAAAUGAAAAUGCAGCAUUCUUGCCUUUUGGAUCAGGUGCACGGGCUUGCAUUGGACAGAAAUUUAUCAUCCAACUUGUUGCCUCAGUGUUGGCAUCAUUGCUAAAUAAAUAUGAGAUACGGCUUAGCUCAGACUCAAAUGAUGACUCAAACACAACCUUGAAGAAUAAUCUUCUGCAGCGUCAUCCCAGUUCACAGAUAUUAUUCAUGAAAAGGGACCAGUGAAAGAAAAGAAGCACAAACACACUGUGUAGAUAAUAAACUUGGUGUUGUAAUUGAAGUUAACAACACCAAAAACAUCUGAACCUUUCCUUUUUAGUUUCACUACACUCCUUUUUCCAAGAUGAAUGGGGAAGUUCUCUGGCUCAUUGUGGUCUUUGGGAGGAUGAAUCUAACCUGAGUUUCUUAGCUCAAGUUUUUUUCCUCCCUCUUUUUAAACAUUGCCCUGGUGUUGGCUUCUGGCCCUGACACUUAUUUUUUUGGUGUUUUAAGCACUUUGGGUCAAUUGUUUCUUUGGAGCCUUUGAUUUUCCUUCCCCUUCUCUGGAUGUGGAUCUUUUGCUUUUCUUAUGUCAGUAACUUUUUCACUUCUGAAGGAAGUUUGUUCUUGUAUCUGAUAUUUUCAAAAUAAAAUGUACUUACUUGGAUAGUUUGCAGUACUUCUUAUCUAUCACCCUCUUGUUUA